ACCCGCAGUCUCCGACGACCAUCGAUGCAACCUACAACUAUUUCAGUAUAAUCGCGCCAUCUGAUAACGUCAUCGUUGGCUUGAUGGUGGGGGCAAUGUUAUUUGUUUAGUGUGUGGGCAGAGGGACUUGAACUUGGUGAGUGUCAAGUUCUCCAAGCACCCUACAACAAAAGUUGGGGGUUUAACGUCGCAAAUGGCUCGCAUCUCGGCUUUGAGCUCGGUAAAAAUCAGCAGCGGGCGAGUUUACCCACGGUGUUGGGAGAAGAUUGAGGAAAGCCGAAACUGCUAAGCUUCCAUGGAGAUGUGAGAGCAGGCGACGCCAUGAGAGCGAAUUCAAAUGUUACCUACCAUGAACGAUCCUUUGCGCUUGAGCUGCGAUGGGGUGAAAAGGGAAGGCCUCGUAACAUUAGAGAUCUCCUAGGGUAGGCCUAUGAGAGUCCUCUUAGGUACCUACCUGCCUCUGAUAGGGUAGUAGGGUUAGGUUGUCGAAGCAAAGCCAUAACGCCACAAUACCCAGCCACGGUUCAGAAACUCUACCUAACUUAUGUAAUACAGGCUCCAUAAAAAUUUCACCCAUUCAAAAUUUAUUCUCCCUUCUUUCUGUCGCUCGAGAUAUUACGCCCGCCAACAUUGCCACUCCCAGUCUUCGUAACAUCAUGGCCGACCCAGCGAGCGCUACUCCUCUUUCAGACGACCAGAUUGACCAAAUUCUGAAGGAGGCUACGGCCAGACUGCGAGCAAAGCAACAAGAGCGAGGCGACGAAGUCGCCAUAGUAUCUCCUACUUCGAGCGUCGCAAAGGCCCCCCAGAAAGAAGUAGUCUCGACGCCGAAGACAACAACGUCGACCUCCUCGAAAGAUAAUUCGAAGGGGGGCUCAAAAUCGGAACAGCUUUCGGCCGUAAAAGCGGACGCUGGGCCCUCGUGGUUCAACCUCCCCAAGACGAAUCUUACGCCCGAGCUUAAGAAAGACCUACAGCUCCUGCGGAUGCGUGACGUGCUCGAUUCCAAGCGAUUCUACCGAAAGGACACCUUGAAAGCCCUGGUGCCCGACUUUUCUUCGGUUGGAACUAUAGUAGAAGGCCCAACCGACUUCUACAGUGCCAGGUUGACCAAGAAAGAGAGGAAGCGUACGCUCCUAGAAGAGGUGCUCGAGACCGAAGAUGUGACCCGCAAAUUCAAGAGCAAGUACGGUCAGAUCCAAGCCGUCAAGACCAGUGGUAAGAAGGGCCACUACAAGAAGAUGAUGGCGAAGCGGUACGGCCGCAGAAGUUGAGGCACCGUUCCGGAGAUAGCAGAUUCGAAUAUCUUCCGCGCAUGAACAACGCAUUACACGGCGUGCCCAAACACCACGGACUCCAGGCACUCAUACCCCCGAUACCGACCUGGCCGAGGAGUCCCAUCUUCGCCGCUGGUACCCCGGGAGUAGUACUCUCAGACCAACUCAUCUUCACGCCGAAGAUUGAUGAACUGUUUGAGAAGCGUACGACAAAGCCGCGGAUGGACGCCGCCAGCAAUUUAGCCCUAGGCUGUCUGCACUUUCUACCUAUAUAUAGAGCUCGGAGUGCCUCUAGUGGCGAUCACCGUCGAUCACAGUCGACCACGCGUCCUGGCCCGAGCAGGGUGGAACCGAUCAGGGUCAGACUGAAGCUUCAGGCACGGCGGAUGGUAACGUCGACGUCUAAGUGGCUCGAAAAGGGCCCGGGGAAUGGGCCAGGAAGUUGCCCACCCUAAUCACUAGCACUAGAGCUAUAUGCAACGGCCAAUGAACUGGCACAACAUGUUCUGUUCGGUGACUUGUCUCGCCUUGAUGCCCAGAUACUUCGUAAACCAAAGCCUCCAAUUCGAAUACUUGAUACCGAAGACGCAGGCGGACGGUUCGGA